AUGGGGUGGCACUGUCCCGUCCCGCUAGGACCUGGGUUGGUACGACGUUGGCUCACCCACACCUACAACCCCCAACCAAGCUCUUGCUGGCAGCUGGGAUUCUUGCAUAGACCUACAUAUGCAUACUGUACGGGAUGUACAGUAAGUUCAAGGUGUCUACCCUAUUUCUCUAGACUAUCUCAACUAUGGAGUUGA